AUGCAGUGGCAACAAGAGGUGGAUGAUGAAGAUCUUAUGUACUCUCCGGCCUUACUGGCCCGGCGAGCCUCCGAGAGCUGGAUUGAUUUUCCUCCGGUGGAGAGUAUUCCAGUAAAUGCAACUCUACAGAGGAAGAAAUCAUUACCAGAUGUACAACAACUACCGUUCUCAACCGGUGUCAUGAGCCGAGAGGAGGUGUCGAUCCUUGGUUCUGCUCGGCGCGAAGAGGUUCGGCGACUGAGAGAUGAGCAGGAACGCUUACGAGUUAAUCCACUGUUGUAUCUUGUCAGUCCACAAGUGAGGGAUUGGUUCUCGCGUCAGCAACUAGUUAUGUUAGUGCUGAUCGUUAAUAUUGCCUUGGCUAUUUUAUUCUUUAAAAUACUCACAUAGCGUUGGCUCAGUCCAUGUUUGCAUUUCAGCAUGUUUCUAAGAAAGGUGGCACUAUAGAAUAGCCGAAAGCAGAAAUGAAGAUACUAUUUAAACGAACAUUAUGGGAUAACUCU